UUCAGAGACUUUCCGUGUCAAGAAAUGCGGCGCAAUGAUUGAAAUAAAUGUCAGAAGAUAAUCUUUAUCAUUUUGACCCGAAAGCUCCUUAAUGUUAUCACAAGUACGCCUGCUUUCCCCAGUUUAAUCCAAGCAGUGGACGAUCAUCCUUGGUUGGUUCAGUAUGUUCUCCCUGAGAUUUAUUCCAUACAGGGGUUUACAGCUUUCUAAAAUGGCACAGAGCUCUGUUCGCAACUGCACUCCGAAACGGCCUGGAGUUGGUCUUGGUGUGAUUGUCACAGACUCGUUGAACCCGAGUUGUGUGCUCUUGGGCAAAAGGAAAGGUCCCGUAGGAAAAGGCACCUACCAGUUACCUGGUGGACACAUUGAGUUUGGGGAGACGUGGGAGGAGUGUGCGCGUCGGGAGCUGCUGGAGGAAGCGGGGGUGGGCCUGAGGGAGGUGCGCUACGCGGCGGUGGUCAACUCCAUUAAGCUGGAGGAGGACUACCACUACAUCACUAUCUUCAUGCAGGGGGAGCUGGACAGGCAGCAGGAGAAGGAGAAGGGGGGAGAAGACACCACAUCAUCCUCACAGGAACCCAGGAACCUGGAGCCGGAGAAGAACGAAGGGUGGCAGUGGGCGCGAUGGGACAGCCUGCCGCCUGAGGAUCAGCUCUUCCUGCCCCUGGCCUGCUUGAGACGGCAGGGAUACGACCCCUUCAGAGGAGACCCCAACGGCACAGCUGGCACCAGCCUUAAUUGAAGAUGUCAUUAAUUAAAGAACUCAUUAAGGGCUUAAUUAAUUAAGGAACAGCUUCAAGAUGAUGAAGAAGAUGAAGACGAAGACACCAAUCCCUCAUUCUGUUGUCAUAUUGAAAAACAGGAGAAGAAAAUAUUGAGACGCUCUUUUGUGUUUUUUUUUUCUUUUUCCGUUUGGCAGAUUGAAUGGAAUACUUGAACGAUCGGAUGAUACACUGACUCCCCCCUCCCCCCACAUGAACGGUUCAGCUUCUGUGAAAGUAUUUCACUUGAAGGUAGCUCAACAUCCCAUACAUGUCUGUCUGAGAUACUGUAAACCAUAAAAGACUUAAAAAGAUCAAGUAGCCUCAAGUGCAGAUGGAGGUCACUCACGUUUUGACUCACUAUUUGCUGAGAAAAGUAACUAUAUUAUAACAAUAUUGUUUGUUAUUACAUCACAGGAAAGUAAAGUUGAAGAUUAAGACUCAGCCAAAAACAAGUUUAUAAUAGAGUAAAGAAGACUGAGACAGUUUGCAUUACCACAAUAAUUAGGUUAUUGGAAUAAACAGGUUUUUGGCGUAAACUGUUUAUUAAACUGUAAACCGCUUGUUGUUUACAUGCAGUCCGUCGGUUGCGUGUGUUCCACUGAAGUGUGUGACACGAAACUGGAAUCAAGGCUUUUGAUUGGCUACUUAUCAUUCUAGAAUGUCAAUAACCUGAUAAUAACCCGGAUUUCUCAUAAACCGAUAAUUACGGCAAUAAACCGAUUAUUAUAAACGUUUUAUUCAGUUCAUUCAGAGCACUUGACUAACUGAAAAACUGUUUAUUGAUGUGCAUAUAACGGGCCCAGUGUCAAGGGGAGGACUCCCGACCCACAGAUCAUCUGUUGAAGGACUCCCCAUGAAGGAGCCUCAUCCACCAAAGGCCUAACACUCCCAAGAGUAGAACAGAGCACACUACACACAGACUCACAUCUCACACAUGCAAUCAAGACUUCAUUUCUGUGUCAUUUUUUUGUGUGUAGUGUGUAGGUCCUACACAUUUUUUUCUUUUGACCUAUAUGACAUCUGGUGCAGCAAUUAAAACUACUGAGUGUAAAUUGACCGCAGCAUUGACUACAUUGACUUCAAUGUAAAUGUAUUUAUUAAGGACUGCAACCUGAACCACUGGUGAGCAAGUCUUGCUUGCGACUGUAUG